GGACGUCCUCAGCGCGCGUCGACGCCAGCGGUCGAUGACGUCCACGGCGAUGGCCACCGCGAGGGUUUUAUGGUUACGCGACGGCGGAGAGGUCCCCCCCUCUCGCGUCCAGCAGAGGCGCGCGCGCUCUUGAAAGCCAGGGCGGCAGCGGCGGCGAAGGCCAGGGUCAAGGCUGGCAGCACAAGUGCCGCUGUGCAUCCUCCGGACCGCAAGUCGUGCCAGUCUGCUCCGCCGGCCGCUGCUGGUCCGCCGCUCCUCCACCAGGCUCCCCUCGUACGCGCGCUCUCUCGCUGCCAUGAACAAGUGGCUACUGCUGCUGCUGGUCGCAGAGGUGGCGGUCGUGCGGUGGGCCGGCACGGACCGCACCUCGGACGCCCGGAUGUUGCGCCAGAUGGCGCAAGAGGCCGCCAACAAGAUCGACAAGAGGGAAGCCGCCACGCCGCCUCCAAAACACCACGUUCAAAUGAGGGGCGGCUCGUACAAGGGCAAGCCUCCGGCGGGUUGUCCCGGCGCGCAACUCCGUCACGUGGCCAGCAGAGGACCAACGGCCAAGUCACGGCGGAAGGCUCGUGCGGCUAGGCUCUUCGAGGAAACCACCAGGCUGCUCAUACCCAGGGUCCCGGGCGGCCUGAACGGUCUGCAGUCGCUGCAGCCGCUGGUCAGCGGUGACACCCUGUUGCUGGCUGCGCAGCGGGACUGCACCACGGACUUGGUGGGGGCCUGCGACCCGACCACACCGUACCGUCGCUCGGACGGCGCCUGCAACAACCUGGCCAACCCGCGCUGGGGCAUGGCCGGAACGUGCAUGGCCCGACUGCUGACGCCCGCCUACAACGACGGCGUGAGCAGCCCCCGGCUGGCCAAGAGCGGCCAGGAGCUCCCCAACGCGCGACUCAUCUCGUCGCUGGUGCACCCGGACCGGCGUCUGCCCAGCCCGCACUUCUCGCACAUGCUCAUGCAGCUCGGCCAGUUCAUCGACCACGACCUGGCGCUGGCGCCCCUGGAGGCGGACCCCGGGGAGAUUCGUAACCUGGGAAACCCGAACAACCCGAUCGACUGCUGCAGCCCCGACCGCUGGGUGUUGCCCGAGUGCUACUCCAUCGCUGUGCCCGCGGGCGACACCUUUUUCGGGCCGCUGGGACAGACGUGCCUCAACCUGCCACGAUCGGCACCCUGCUCCUGCCAGCUGGGUCCUCGCGAACAGCAGGACUCGCUGACGUCGUACCUGGACGGAUCGCACAUCUACGGCAGCAGCGACGACGACACCAACCGGCUCCGACAGUUUCAGUCCGGUCUCCUGCGUGCGCAAUCACUGGAGGGCGAGGAGCUCCUGCCCCAGAGCUUCUUCCCAGCCGAGGAUCGGUGCAGCAACUUGGAGACCGGCGAGAUCUGCUUCCGAGGCGGUGACGAGCGCGUCAACGAGCAUCCGGCCCUGACGAGCAUGCACACGGUGUGGCUUCGGCAGCACAACCGCGUCGCCCGUCGCCUGCAGCAGCUCAACACGCACUGGGACGACGAGAGACUCUUCCAGGAGACACGGCGCAUCCUGAUGGCGCAGUGGCAGCACAUCAUCUACUCCGAGUGGCUGCCGCCCAUCCUGGGACCCAACGCAAUGGUGCGCUACCAGCUGGUACCCACGGGCCGCAGCCAGUACGCGCCCGACGUGGACGCCACGGUGCUCAACGAGUUCGCCGCAGCCGCCUUCCGCUUGGGCCACACGCUAAUCGACGGCGUCUUCCAGAGGAUCGACAUUGAUGGCCAGCGCAGUCCGUUCGAACUGCAGGACUUCUACUUCUUCCCCUUCUACUUGUACCACGGGGACAUGGACAACGUCAUCAGGGGCCUGCUUCGGCACCCGGGACAGCACUACGACAGCUUCAUCACGGAGGGCGUCACCCACCACCUGUACCGGCUUCGCAACGACUCGUACGGUCUGGACCUGAUCGCGCUCAACCUGCAGCGAGGUCGCGAGCACGGUCUGCGGCCGUACGUGGACUACCUGCAGUACUGCACGGGCUACCAGGCCACCACCUUCGAGGACCUGCUCCAGUACACGCCCGCACACGUCGUGCAGCUGUACAGCACGCUCUACGACGACGUGACGGACAUCGACCUCUUCACGGGCGGCAUCACGGAGACCAGUGUGCAGGGCGGCCUGGUCGGCCCCACGUUCGCCUGCAUCCUGGGACAGCAGUUCCGUCGGCUCAAGUUCGGUGACCGAUUCUACUACGAGCACGAGGGACAGGCCGGGUCCUUCGCACCAGAGCAACUGCAGGAGAUUCGCAAGACGACGCUGGCGCACAUCCUCUGCGACAACUGCUACUCGCUCACCUCGGUCCAGACUAGGACCAUGUUCCGCCCAGACUUGUCAGACAACCCAGAGGUGCCCUGUGAGAGCUUACCUCGACCGGACCUGUCCUACUGGCAAUACCCGUGACGCCUGCCGCCACAUCCGCGACUCACAAAACCCGUCUAGUCAACCGGGCCAUCGGUGUUUCGCGCGGCGGCCACUUCCGGUCAUGCUGACCCUGCCUGCAGUUGCAGCACUCCCGGUGAUGAUGAUAACAGUCAACGCCACUUGGUGACUUAAAAUGCAACCUAGUGCGCCUAUUGGAGGAUCGAGUUCCGUCCAGGUGUUGUUAAGUGACAGUGUUGUUCCGAAACGUCAGUAUUCUUGCACUGCUGCACCAUUUAGUUCUGCUUGUGCCAUACCAAGUAACCAACAGUAUCACUUUGUCGUGUGAUUGACUUCUAAGUGCCAUGCGUUUGAACAGAAUGUGGCCUUCACAUGUUAAAAAGCCAGCAGAGGUCCACUGACGAAUGUAGGAAAGACGUCAUCCUUGUAUAAAUGGUAGUUGAAGAGCUGACUUCACAGUAUAAAUAAAUUGAGUGUAUGUACAAUUAGCAGGAUAUAGUUGAAAUGAAAAAGUGCACCGUAAUUGCACCUUAAGUGUAUCUUCAAGAUACAAUUUGCAAUCUGUGGAAUGCCAAAAGUGUACACGGAGAAUGUAUUUUUGCUGCUGCAAUCAAAUAUCUUUUUUCCAUGUCUGAUGGCCUCUUGUGCGUAACAGGGUUGACAGAAAUGUACAAAAAUUGUGUAAAACCCAGUCCCUGUUCGAAAUGAAAUAGCGUUGGAACAGAUGGGAGACAAGGGGCAUUAAUUUAGUUUGAGUUCUGUUUUUUUCAUUUUCCUUCCCCAGAUUCACAAAAGUCCUUGGCCAAGCAAAAUAUACAAUUUGAUGCUGAGCAGAAUGGCCCUUACAUUUACAUUGUGGUAAUGACUGCCGCAUUAAUGAACAUCCCAUAACGAGGACUGGUAAUGAGGGCUGUUCCUGCUAGCCAUACUCUCUUUCACUGCUGUGGAAGUUAGUGCUGGCUUUAGCCAAAAUGGUGCGCGAUCAUGCAAGCACACAAAUUCCUGCACCAUGUGUCCUACCGUGCCAGAGAGCCGUUUGUUUCCAUCCCGGCACCACACUGAAUUUACUCCUCGGUCACGAAAAACAAGGAAGAUGGCUCGUCCUCCAGGCUAGCACAAGAAUGAACGUUAUGUUGCUGUGUCCAUCUUCUAGUAAGAAUGAUUGGAAAACACACCUAUGGCUCUCUCCAAAGGAGCGUCUAGUAUUUGCAAAUAUAGAUGUUUCAGAAAGACCGGAAAGUUGUGCCAACCCUCGCAAAGCAGCAUGAUAGCCGGAAGUUUGUUCAGGGAAAACGGGAUGAUGUGUGCGUCAAUGCAGAAUUCAUCUCGAGUGCUCCUUUCUUUUUCUUUUUUCUCUUGUUGAUGCACAGCGAAUACCGAUUGCGUGGUGGCUGGAGAUAUUGAUGUGGGCAACAUGCCAAAGAUGCCCAAACAAAAUGAAAGCAACUCAGGAGUUAUCCAAGUGCAUUACUUUUAAACAGCAGAACACAAGGCACCGCUGACCAAGGCAACAUUCUCGGAACGAACGUUCAUAAAAAAAGAUGGCUCAGUACAAUGCACUGAGACAAUUCCAGUGGUACGUUCAACAAAACGGAUCAAUGUAAUUGACAUAUGAUGAAUAGAACCCCAUGUAUAUUGUACUGUGCAAAGAAAGUUCAAAUUCAUUUUAGUCUUAUGUGGGCCUUUAAAGCAACUCCUUACUUUCUAACAUUGUCACUGUUAUAUCAGUAGUAUUUUCUGUGCUGUUCUCAAGCCAAGAAUAAUGAUGGCUGCAAGACAGCGACAUUGUUAUUGCACAUUAUUGCAAUGUAUUUGGCUCGUGUUAUCACUCUCAUCUUUUUCACCUACCAUAUGUUCAAGAAGUUUAACUAGCUCCCUCUUCAAUAGUGAAAGCCACAUAAUCACUCGCUCUUUGCUGCUCGGUCAUGGAAACCAAACAGCAGCCAAACAUCUAGAUGCUUGCAGCUGUGCAUUGAACUCAGGAUUCUUGGCUACAAGCGUGGAACCUACUUCUCGUCUCAAUAAAGUUCAUGUUAUUACAGCUGACAUGGCUUGUGUGAUGCGUAGGUUUAACUGCAGGCCCUGUUUAAGCAACUCAAGCCCAUGUCAAGCGUAUCCACUUCCAGUGUUAGGAGAUCACCUGGCCACUCUUACAAAGCUUGCUAGCAUGUACGAGCUGGUUCUCUGGACACCACUGCAUGGCACAAACCACACACCAUGAGCACUGCUUCAAAAUAAAGCCAGUUGAAUGGAACACAUCAGCAAUAUCAAUUCACAUAUAUUAUCCAUCGCAAGUAUACAUAGUAAUCACUAUCACACAUACAUUCCUAUUACAGUCAAACCAACAAAACAAAGAUACUAUAACGAAGUAAAAUGAAAUGUUUCUUGACAAUAUCAGCAUGUCACAAAUAUAUCCUCAUAACGCAUAUCGGAUAUAACGAAUAUAUUAUUUGUGUCACAUGAAACAGUCUUACCGGUUUCAACUGUAUAAGCCUACUUCCAAAACCCCUCCUUUCUUCAAUACACAGCCGGCACAUGUGCGUCUCUGCCGUCUUUGUACUAUUCGAAUGUUACGCAGUUGUAAACGGCUUGCCAUAAUCUAUUAUACACGUCUCCUGCCACACUUGGCUACAGUAGUCUCAUAGGACAUGUCCCGAGAUGCAAAGUGGUAAAGUAUGUCCAAGACAAAACAAUGUCAGCAGAUUCGUGACAAAGAAAGGUAGUUUCUACACAUCUUGAAAAAAAAAAAGAAUGUAUUUAUUGCUCACAUGCGCUUUAUGAGAGACCAUGGAAUACAGUUGAAUGGUUAUAUUAUGUUUGUGCUUGACAAUGCUGCGAGUGCAAUGUGUGCCUUUUUAAUGAAAACACAUCCUUAUGUAUAUGCCAACUAAACUGCUGUCCGUGACGGUUGUAAUGCCAGGCAGUUAAUGGCUCUCGCAAAUGAGCCAGGAAUGAGUGACUGUAUGUGAAAAAAGAAAUGUAGCAGUGCAUGUAUCCAUUCAAAUAUGAUCAUCAAAUACUGAAUAAAUGAACUUAAAAAAGCUUGUGUGUGGUUAACGUUCUUGAUGCUGCCUUUUUGCAACCGCAUAGUGUUAGCAGUUAGGAGUGUGUAAAUGCACAAAAAAUGUAGAAAGUAUAUCAAAUAUCUCAACAUACAAUUUAGUCCACUUAUUGUAAUAGAUGCUACGUCAUUGGCUGCUCAAAUAGCUGUGUUUAAAAAUUCUGAAUAUUUUGCAAAUCAUCUGCACUGACAUAAGUAUAAUGAGGAGUUCAAAGGGGGCACCAUAACCCCACAAAUGGUAAUGAUUUCAAUGCAUUUGCUUUUGCAUAGAGACACCCUCGCGAAUAGUGCCUAGUGAGCGCUGCUAAGAAUAUAUCACCUGUGAAUAUCUUUCUGUAAAAAAAAAAGUCUCAGUUUCGCCAGAAAAGUGAACCAACAAUUGCAAUAGCAACGCACAGACAGCUAUAUGAAGGAUUGUAGUUUUAUCGGCGUAUAAACUUUCAAACGUUCGCUUACUAUCUAAAUUAACAAGCACGGUGUCAGCGUGCACAGGCAAACGUGAAGACAUCACACUCGAUGACCGCGGACACUCGCUGUCAAAACGCUGGUGUCAGGAAGCGCGGCAGCAGCAGCGAGCGAAAUGACCUUCGUGCUGUGUAUCGCUUCCAUGCAAACUGAGACUGAAGGGUGAGAUUGCAGCACACACAAAGGUAUGGGCCGCCGUCGCACCUAGACUCACCCACCAACGCAGGUCGCUUUCAACGCCGCCCCCCCUCCCUUCGCUCCCCCUGGCGACAUGCGCGCAACGGAAGACGGCGCAUUUCCUCCCUGCUUUCCUCCCUUGCACGUGCGAGAUUGAACCGCGAUUGUCAGCGCCUCUCAAGCGCAGAAUACGCAGUUGCUGCCGCAGUACAAUGCCACUCACUCACCCUCUCUUCCCAUAACAGCCUUUCGGGCAGCAGAAGUCAGCUUGUUCCCUCGCCGCUUUCCUUCCUUGCGCGCGUGAGAUUGAGCCGCGAUUGUCGGCUCCCCUAGCGCGCUUUCACUUGCAUGCAGCUCACAGCGACAGUGUUAUCGCCCUCAGACUGUAUACGGAACAACACAGCGACGGCAAAAAUGCGCCUGGGGUGUCCAUAUAAUUGCUAUCGCAAUUAAAAAAAGACAUUGGCAGUAUAGCUUAAAGGCGAAGUAUUUAAAGCAUAGCGAGGUUUAGCACUACGCUGAAAGUGCCUCACAACGCUGGCACGAUGAGCAGUGCCGCCAGUGGUGUUGCAGGUGUCACACACCUCAAUGAUGCGAGAGAUGAGAGCGAAUGAAAAUUGUCGGCGAUUGCAUAGCUUUGGCUAGAUGUUUACUGCCCAUUGCGUUCAGACCAGAAUAUGCACCACAGUGUGGUAUGCACGCAGCUGCUCAAGCAGGAAUGCUAAUGUGUGUACGCAAAACACUCAUGCCAGCAGCGGAAGUGAGAAUGCCGCCCUGGCUGCAGAGCACAAUGGUGCAUGCACUUGGCUUCGUCCGCUUUUGCAGCCAAAUGCACUGCAUGCCUCAGGAGACCUUCUAAAACUCCACGUGCAGGUCACACAUGUGCCAUCGAUAGCAGGAGAGCACGACGGCACCGACAUUGAUGCCAAUGGCGACAGUGUGAGGCUGCCUCGAGAAUCCACAUAGUAAUUGCAAUCACAAUAAAACCUGUUCAACUUGACUACACUGCAAUUUGCUUCGAGUUAAAAUGCAACAUAUUAAACUUUGUAUCAGCAGCUGACAGUUUAUCAAUUCUAAUGGAGAAUGUUACAUAAUGGAAGUUCGUAGAGCAUAUUCACAGUCCAGUCAACCCUGUUCGAUGUUUGUGCCAUUUUCUUGCUUACGAAAACUGUUCUUAACAAAAGCGGUGUUCUGUGCAUCUCAGAACACUAAUCUGCCACUUUAUCUUGACUUCAAAAUAUGUGUUUAGCGAACCUCUAUUGGGACUAAAACAUCAUUAACCUCAUCAGAACACACCUUGGAAAGGAAGCCAUUCAGUGGGAGAGAGAUAAGAAACAGAAAUGGUAGUCACCUUAUUUCGAUAACGCACUACAACAGUGAGAUAGUGAGAAUGGUAAAGUUUUUCAUUUGUAACUUGCGGGUGCAAUCACUACUGUUUUGCUGACACUGUGUAACCAAACCAUUAAGUACCAUAGUUAUUAUGCCUUCUCACUCGAAAAUAAAAAUGACUCGGAGAAAGCAUACAAAAAGAUUAUUUAUUGAAACUUCAGGUUUCAUCUGGUAGGCCUUGUUUUGUCAUUGAAGCCACCGACUACUUCAUAAACCUAGCCACCCCUUCACAACCAGACCACAUGCAUCUCUGUGUUGCCCAUUUACACGCCCUGUCACAAGAAAGGCCAGCUUUCCAUUGCUGACAAUGGUUGACUGAGCUUUGUUUCAAUUGGCAGCACAAAAACAGCCAGGACUCAAGAACUAUUAUGCUUACUCUUAUUCAUUGUCACCUCUCAUAUUGUAUUGAGUCUUGGGGAGUCACGUACUGAACUUAUCUGGACCCGGUAAGCAGACUGCAAAAAUGUGCUGUGAGAAUCAUAAACAAUUCUAAGCAUAAUGAUCCUAGCAAGCCUUUGUUCUACAUAUCACAGAUUCUGCCUUGCUACC